CGUCUUGCGUUUCUCGGGAGAGGCUCGCCAACGUCCGGCUCGGUGCGUCGUCCGUCCGGGCGGGUUCCUCUUGUUCUUUUUUUUUUUUCCUUUCCGUUGCGCGGCCCACGCACCUCGCGACCCGCGCCGCGGCCCUCCACGAGGCGAGCGUCUCGCCGGUGCAGUGCGGGUGCCGACCAGUGCCGCCGGGGAGUCGAGAGAGAGAGUGACACGGCCCUCGCGGGGAUUUAUUAAGGAGCGCCCCGACGCCUGGUCACGGAAUACGGGUCGACAGCAUGGUAUGAUACGCAACGGGUGCGUUUAGGAUCCCCGAAGAUGAAGCCCCUCUGCCUGUUGGCCUUCCUCCUGGUGCCCCUGGUCCUCGGGGUGACGCUGCAAGAAGAUGACCUGGUCUUCGACGACGUCGGCGAGGAGACUUCCCCGGUGACGGUCCACGAGGGUCAUCGGGACCAUCGGAAGGACCGGGAGAAAAUUCGGGAUGCCAAGAAACAUCGGGUCGAGAGACUUUGGGGGGUCCCGGGCGCCGUCGUCGCCGUCGGCCACGUCCUUAAAAUAAAAAUCCCCAAGCAGGCCUUCGGCGGAAACGUCGACCACUACGAGGUGCGCGGCAGUAAUGGGAAGGAACUGUCGAGCUGGAUGUUCUGGGACGAGGCCGCCUCCACCCUCGUCGGGGUUCCAUCCAGGAAAGACCUGGGACAGCACCACGUCGCCGUCAAGGCUUUUGGAAAACACGGAGACGCGGCUCGUGACACCUUUACCGUGCGAGUCGUACCGGAAGAGCAUAACGAGGUCCUGCACAAAGACGGCAAAACACAUUGCGAGGAGGACAAGGAUCAGACCCUGCUGACCAUCCUCUUGGACGCGAGAUUCGAAAGCCUGAAACCUCCUACCAGGGUCAACGCCGUCGAGAAUUUGGCCGGAUUUUUGGGAAUGCACACGAGCGCCUUCUCGAUCCAUCCUUACGAGCCGAAGGAAGUCUCCUCCGUCGUCUUCGCAGGCCUCGGGAACGUCAAACAUCGCCGGGAAAAACACAUCACGGCCAUACAGUGGCAGGUUGGCUGCAACGGCGGUCUCUGGCGACAUCAAUCGGACCUGGUGAAGCAGCUACGAGAGCAGGCCAAGGAUGGCACCCUGACGGAGGUCCUGCAGCUCCCCGUGUUCGUCUGGUGUGUCAGGACCCACGCGAACACGUUGGCCAGGAACCGCAGAGAGAUCGGAUCCGGGGAUUUCGGGAACGCCGACGAUAUCGAGUAUGACGGAGACUACGGCGACGGAGACUACGACGACGACGACGAAGAGGACGACGACGUCGACGAAGAGACCUUCACCGAGUCGCCCCUGGAGCACGUCCCCAAGGCACCUGGUGGCAGGGAAAACACGGAGACGAAGCCGGAACAUCCCCAUAGACAUCACCACGGAGAGCAGACCAUAGACUUCGGGAACGACGAGAUCGACCAGACGGAGAUCGUCGCGAAGAUGAAUGAAAACGUCGAUGCCAUCCCGACCACGACGAGAAGCUCUUCGUCUUCUACGACAACGGGAACAACGAGCACCAGGACGACGGCCUCGAGCAGCGGGAGUACCUCCACCGAGCCGACAAUUGGUUCGACGCAAACCCCAAGAUCGAGCUCGGAAUCGAUCGUCCACUCGUCACCUCAGCCAACGACCUCGCCGACAUCCCCGAGAACCUGGGGAACAACGAUAACCAGCUCGGCUAUGACGACAACCCCGGGUGCCGUCACAUCGGGAGGGCAGAUGACGGACUCGACGAGGUCGGAGGACCUCGAGGAGUCAACCGAGAGGACGAGAAAAAUGGAACUCGAGCCCGAGACCACGGCUCCGAUGGUUGUCCCCUCGGACCCCAACACCGUGUCAUACGUGACAACCACCGUACAACCUGGCACCCCCGAAGUUACGACGACCUUCGAGAAACCGACUAACACGAUCGCGGUUACCAUUAAUGUCACGACCGACGAGACGGUGGAAUCGACGACGAUGCCCGAGGUGAAGGAACCUACGACGCCACCCGUCACGACGUCGGUAGCAACGACGACGCCGUCUACGACGACCUCGACGACGACUAUGUCCACGACGAGCACCACGACCACGACGACGGAAAUGCCGUCGACGGUUCCUUCCACUCCGAUUACCUCGCCCAGUACCACGACGACCACGACGACCACCACCCAACCUACGACCACCUCCACGACCACCCCUCCACCUCCACCUACAAUCCCUACCACCGAGAAGAUCGAAUACGGCGUGCACAACUUCCCACCGAGACAAGAUAAACGCCUACAAAAGAUCGCCGUGACGGCUGGCAAACCUCUGAACUACACCAUCCCUGCGGACACCUUUACGGACCUCGAAGACGGCAACACCAGGAAGCUGGCCCUGAGUUUGUACCUGGACCACAGCCCCAUAAAGCACACCCACUGGUUGCAGUUCAAUCGGCGCAGCCAAAAGAUCUAUGGCUUGCCUCUGGAAAAGGAUAUCUCCAGUUGGGAUUACGAGCUGGUGGCCGCGGAUAGCGAAGGUCUCAAUGUGUCCGAUAGAUUGGACAUUCACGUUCAGCAGCACAAAUUAAGCCGAACGGUGAACCACGAGUUCAGCAUCUACCUGCGGAUUCUCAGACGCAGUGAAUUCCCAACAAAUGUCGACUGGGAGCUCAAGGUUAUCCAAAGACUCGCUGAAUUAUACGGCGACAGCGACAUCAGCCAGAUCACUGUGCGGUCCAUAGAGCUCGACCACGACCAGGCAAUCUUCACCUGGACGAACGACACCAUUCCUAGAGGCAGCGAGUGUCCCAGGGACCAGAUCAAUAAAUUAUUGCACGUCCUGGUUGCCAAUAGACACAACGAGCCUAGCGUCGCCUUGCAAGAAGCCUUGGCCCCGGAAUUCCAGGUGAAACGAGUCGUUUAUCAAGGGAUUGGACAAUGCGAGGAGGUCAGCAGACCGGACAGUCCGAAGACUCCCACACAGGAGCCGAAGACGAAUUUCCCACCUAUUCCCAGGAACCAAGUGGACCACAUUAACGCCACCGUUGGACAGUUACUGAUUUUCCGAGUACCAGAAGACACGUUCUUCGACCCCGAGGACGGUUCCGCGCGCAACAUGAAAAUGUCUCUGCUGACCAUAGACAGAACUCCGAUUCCACCACACGAGUGGCUGCAAUUCGACGGGAAGAACCAGGAAUUCUAUGGCGUGCCAUUGCAUAAGGACGUUGGACGAAAAGAGUACCAGCUGAUAGUCACCGACAAAGGAGGCGUCAGUGCCACCGAUGGUCUGGUCGUCGUGGUGCACCCAGCUCCAGUGAUGCACCACAACGUUGAGUUUUCGAUGACCCUGGCCAUUCCUUACGACUCCUUCGCCCACUCGGCCCUGCAGAAGCGGAAUUUCAUCGAGAGACUGCGCGAUCUCUUCAAGGACAAGGACACCGGGGCGAUUUCCCUGGACAGCAUCUCCAGGGGCAGCACAGUGGUGACCUGGCACAACAGGACCCUGCCGACGAACACCUGCCCAAACGACCAGAUCGUGAAGCUGCACAAGGUCCUCGUAAAGGACGACAAGACGUUGUCCGACCGGGUGGAGGAAGUGAUGAGUCCAGACUUCCCGGUGAUGCAGAUUACCUUGACUCCUAUGAGGAUCUGUCUGGGAGAGUUGACGGGGAUACACUCACCCGAUAGCUACGUGCCCCCUGUCGACGACUCGACCUCCCUCGGCGCCUCCCAUGACGACUACCUCAUCACCUUCGUCCUUCCUGCCAUCAUCAUCUCGGCGAUGCUGAUCCUGGCGGCCAUUAUUGCAUGCGUCCUGUACAGGAGAAGACGUAGCGGCAAGAUGAGCGUCAGCGAACAGGACGACGAGAGGCAGAGCUUCAGGAACAAAGGAAUCCCUGUGAUAUUCCAGGACGAGCUCGACGAGAAACCGGACCCUGGUAACAAAUCCCCGAUAAUCUUGAAGGAGGAGAAGCCACCUCUUCCACCCCCGGAGUACCAGAAGGCCGAGGACGGGGCGGACGUGCCGAUGCUCCCGAAGGAGAACUCGGAAGAGCCCUAUCAGCCCCCUCCGCCAUUCGCGACGAGUCGCGACAACAAUCGACAGAAUCGGCCGAAACCGACCCCGACAUACAGAAAGCCUCCACCUUACGUACCGCCCUAACAAAACACGGUGCAUUCGCCGACGCGCAAGUACAUGCUGGCGAUGCUCGGAGACUCCCCAACGCACGUGCAAACCCCACCACCUAACAACCACCACCACCAGACCAAGAAACCUCCUCUGGACGGCCGCAACGACGGCUACAUACAGAUGGCCAUCUUCACCGGGCGAUAAUCAUCGACGUCCGUUCGACGAUCCGUUAAAAAACGGGGGGGAAAAGAAAAUAGGAAAACGAGAAAGGAGCCAAAAAACCGACCCAAGACUCUCUCGAGGGCGGCAGAGGGAAGUGGCGACGAAGCAGAGGAACGAGACCCCAGGAACCCGAUUUUAUCUGAAAUCCCUUUCGACAGAGGAAGACCACCUAGAGGUCUGAAAGGAUGAAAAAACAAAACCCUGCAGAAAGCGGACUCGAACGGAGGAAAUCACGCGUUGCCUUUCGCAGCGAAAUUCCCAUUCGCUCGGCUUGUAGAGGGUGGAGGGAGCAUGGCUACCCGGAGGAAUCGGUAACUCGUGAUUUUUUAGGAUAGGAAGGGUUCGGACGGUGCCGUUGCUCCAGCAAUAAUGGCGUUUGGGAAGGGCAGGUCUUCCGUUCAAUAGAAGUUCCUCUUCUCGUCGCUCCUAUUUCUCCUCUACCGCGGAACACUGCCAGAGAGAAGAGGGCACUUUCCGGCCGAUGUCGAUCUCUUUCGCCUCGUUUCCGCUGGGAACUUUUUCUACGAUUUUGUACGAGGUCUCGCGCUGUUGGUCCCUAGAGGUGUGGGAGGGAAAAGAGGCGAAGGAGCUCGUCGAAACGGGUCGUCGAACGGGCGAGGGUCGGCACUCGGGAUCGUCUCCGAGGUUUCAGAAUAUCGGAGAGUCCGGUCGUCUCGUCUCCUCGUCUCGAGGUAGAGAGGGGAUCGGAGAGUCUCCAGGCGACAGGAAGUGCUUCCAUUGGCACUGUAGGCCACGCAGAGUUUAAUUCGAGGACACCGAGGAGUCGGAACGCUGAUCGCGGCGCACUCGUACGCACCUGUAAUUACCUAAUCGUCGUUCGAUAGACUAUAUAUACGGCCGGCGCGCGUGUACAAUUUUGAUACACAUAAUUUCUUUGAGGGCGCCGACACUCACACUACUGCCAGACGGACGUCACAGCAUUUACUUUAUAUACUACCACGUGGUCGCGUUGGUGUUUGGGCCGACUUUGUCAUCUUUAACUUCGAUUUUCGCGCACAAGAAUUUUUUUCUUCCCCCGAUCGCCGAUUAGGCGUCCAAGGACCAACGCAGUGCGCAUCUCUGAUAUCUGCUCCGUCUUCUUUUUUUACAUUUUAUUUCCUUAUCUCUACCGCUAAACGGGAAGCGAUCGAGAGAAAAAGAGGAAUUUAAUUGAACCAAAGAAGUAUUUCCUUAAUUCAUGGAAUAAUUUACUCAAACUGGAAGAAAUUGGAUGCAACGGCUCUUCGGGAUUUCAUUUAUUUCAGUUUAUCCGAGUCAAAUGAUUAUUCCUAGAGUUAAAAAUAUUAUUCUCUGGUACUGUUCAAGGAGAUGUACUUUUUUCUUUCUUUCUUUUUUUUUCCUUUUUUCUUUUUUCGGCGUAUCAAUGCUGAAGCCUCGGGCUCUCUUCGGGGUCUUGACGACCGGAAGAGACCGACGCCGCUUACUCGACACGAAUGACUAUUUAAUUUAGAUUUUAUAUAGUUACCAAGCCAAAAAUAACUAAUGUUUAAAGGGACGUAGGGAGGGAACGUUGAGACACGCUGAUGGAACAGCCUGGGAGGGAGAAAGUGCGAGAGGAAUAGUGAGAAUGCGCGAGUGCAACGGAGAAGGAGAUAAGCAUGAAUGACCGAUAGAGAAAAUGAAUGAAAUGGAGAACGCGUGAGCUGUACGCUCAGAAACGAUUCACUCUCGUCGUGAUUUUCCCUCUCCUUUCUUCUUUCGUCUAUCCGUUUGUCCGCUAUGUUAUACGAAGGUGACGAUAAUAAUUAUUAAUGGUAAUUGUAAUUAACGUGCAGUUCCGACAAGGAGACAGGGUACGGGCCACGCCGUGUAUGUCAGCGAAGUACUGUUUCUACCGUGAGGAAAAAAAAACAAAAAACAAAAAAAACAAAACAAAAAUUCAUUGAACCAGGGAAUCAUUUCCUUGGUUCGAUGAAUUUCUUUUUUCUCGGGGUAGUGUUUAGUUUUCCUCCAUUUUCUGAUUUCAUUUCCCAUCGAAUCUGAUCAUUUUCAAAGAAAGUCGGAAAGGGUGGACCCUCGAGUUGCCGAUCUGCAGUGCAUCUGCAUCUUGCAGGUGCAUUUUUGAGGAUCCGACCUCCGCAAGAAUCGCGCUGAUAACGAGACGACUCCGUGAUAACUCCGAGCUCGGAUCGAUCGGAUACUCGGGGUGUCGGAGGACGAGUAAUCAAUUGAAGUUACAAUAAUGUAUUAUUAAUAAUUCACUUCUUUGUAACGUUAAGUCUUAAGUACGUCUAGGGAUAUGAUAAUUGAGGCUCUCUUCGGGGCCUUGUUUAUCGCAGAGACAAUCGCUCGUCGCUUCUCUCUGGGCGAAUGUACACGCAGAUAGAUGUUCGAAUUUCAGUGAAAUGAAGAAAAAAAAAGAAAAAGAAAAAAUUAUAAUAACUCGGUACGUUCGACCGAAAUAUUUGGUUCGUUAUAAAAAAUCCUUUCUAAAAUCAUUUAGAGAAGAUUUCGAUGGAAAUACUUUAGUUGCUCGAAGCGAACGAGUUUCGGUAAAAUUGAGUAAAAAAAUUCCCUUCGCUUGGACAAAGCAUUUUAUCUUUUUAAUUAAACGGUAGAUUCUCUUCAGUUAAUCGACGAAUUUCCUUUUCUGCGUGUAUGCCGGGGAAUUACUGAGGAAUUGACAGCCCUUAUCGUCGGGAUUUCGAGCACUGAUCUUAACUUCCUUAUCGCUCCUUCCUUAGAGCGAAGCGAUUCGCCAGCUCCGCCGAAAGCCGACCCCUUUUUGGAGAUCUGUAAAGUUAUACCAUAUUUUGUAUUAACACCAGGUACACGUUGUACGCAUAACGAUUAACAUGUAACAGUGGCUCCACGUUUUUCUGUCGGAAAAUUAGUGCCGUUUGUUUGGAGCUGUAACAACAGAAAAAGAGAAAAGAAAAGAAAGAAACAGAAAGAAAAUGUUUCGUUUAUACGGAAACUGGUCUAAAGUCUCGCGGGAUUCAUCAGGUGAAUCUCGUAUGACCGUAGGUUAUACAUACACGUGUAUUACGCGAUGACUAUUGGCCAAGUCAAGACACAGAAAAGACUAGAGCCCAUCACGCAAUCACAUUGUCGCAACAGGGGGAUAAAAACGAAAGAGAGAAGUCUUGUCCUAGGAAAGAAAAUCGGGACCUGUCGUUCGCCUUUCAUCGCACCUUGCAUCAUGUAGAAAUACGUUCGAGGUCGCUGUAAAGAAAGAAAAAAAAAGAGAGAGAAAGAGAGAGAUGGAUACACUUCUAAGAGGUGUUUUCAAUACAGCCGUGAUUAAAAUGAAAAAAAAAAAGAAAAUGAAGAAAUCCACCAUCCCCCUCUAGAGAGCGAAACUACGGUCACCCGAAUGAGGCCCGUAAAAUCGCCGCCGAAUGAAGAACACGACGUGAAUUUAUUUUCUUAACCGCGCGACUGAUAAAAGCGAAAAAGAAAUGGCAAGUCCGAUUGCGCAACGUGUAUGCAACGACGUCGCAAUAAAUCCGCGUCUUAUCCGCCUAUUGUACAGUGAAAGAGAUUCCUCGCUUCGUUAGUACUUAUAUCCCGGCACUGUAAAAUAUCAGCUUGAGCUAUUUUAUAAACGCCUCGAUAUUCUGCUGUAAUAAAUUUCUCGUAGUAGGCUUAAGGUACAAAGAUACGAUAACGAACGAGACGAACGGUGUUGUUCAUUUCCGCGAUUGUUGGGAAGAAUAUUGGCGGCGAUUUUCUCGGCCCCUUAAGGUGGGACGAAAAUGGCGUCGAAGAGGUCGCAUUUGUGAAGCUCUUCUCCAAACUUUACAGCGUAAAUCUGGAGGUUACAAGAGAGAUCCUGAAACCCAUGAAAUUUGAAAUUUUGUACAAUUUCUUUAUACGCAUGUUUAAAAAUUCUUUCAUAAAUAAUUAAAUAACAUGGAUGGUCAAACCUUCCCAAUAGCCUCCAUGUUCACGUUGUCAACUUCGAUUCGGUUCACCUAGCUUGGAGAAAAGCUUCAUGACCCCUCGGAUGGCACUUUCUCGCUCCCUUAAUGGUGGAAUGGGGAUUUUUUUAAGGUGGUAAUAAUUCUUGGGGUCUGUUAGCCUAACCAGGUCGUGUCUGUGCGUAGUCUGCGAUAAACAAGUGUAAACUUCAUAUCACGCUUCUCUCAUAUCAUCGCUCUUCGCGUAUCCGCCAAACGCCACCGUCGUAUUUACUGUAAAACGGAGAUUGUGUAUCAUAAGCAUGUAUGAUAUUUAUAAAGAGAGGAUUAACGCUCGACAAUGCGAAUUGCUCUUUCGAGUUUGACGAAAGUGCAGAAAGGCUAAAAUAUUUCCACGGUGGAUAAUUAAUGUGCCUCCCCAUUUAUUUACCUCGUGGUGUCGCAUUAAUUGUGCACCUAUUUAAUACCAAGUACUGAAUGUCGGCAGAGACUUAUGUAUCUGAGUUUGUAAUCGUCCCGUGUGGUCCUUGGUAUUUUUUAAAUCCAUUUUUUCAACGAUUCUUUUUAAAUGGUGCUUUAGAUGUAAUUGAAAAUACCUAAGGGCUCGGCAUCCGACUAAUUGGAAUCCUGAAAAGUGAACAUUCGGAUAUUCGAAAUCUAGGUAGAGAAUCCAAACAAUUGAUUUUAAGGGGGGUUGGAUCUGAAAUGCGUUUCAAAGUGAGAUUUAAAAUAUGAUGGAGGAAUCCAGGAAAUAUUGGCAAUAUUUGUCAACUCUCAAGUAAUCGUUCCCAGGUUCUAAAGCCACUUUAAUCAGAAAUGUCCAGGCUGGACGAGUCCGCCAUUUUGAAACGUUGAAACGCAUCUCACGAUUCGUUAAGCCCCUGUUUAUUAAAUAAAAUGACUUUCCAGAUGCACGGGAUGGCGACAAAUUCGGACCGUAGAAACCCAACGGGCUUACGGGAAUAUUUUGUAAUUCUAAAGGGAGAUAUCCAACGGCAAAAAUCCCGGAUAGGAUUCCCCAAGACUGGUCGAUUUUCCAAGCGAGCUCGUUGCCGCGAAAAGCGCGAUUUCGAGGGAAGGAUAGGAAGAAAAAACGAGAAAAAGAAGAAGA